CAUAGGUGGCCAAGAUUCUUGGUGUCUCCCAUCUUCUGCAGAUGUAUUGGUUUAUGAGGCAUGGAGGCCAAGAACCAAACCCAGAGCAUCAUCUUCUUCUCUAGUCUUCUCUUGUCAUUCACUCAGAGAGGCUUCACUACAGAGGAAGCGAAAAUGGCUGGUUCUGCUGUCUUGCCUGACCAAUGUUGCCAUCUUCGAUCCAUCAGCAUGCCAUCCAGAUCCCAUCCCCUUGCCCUUCAAGUUGAAGAAGAGCUGCACAAGCUAAGGACUUUUGUGGCUUCAUCCUCUUUAACAGGGCAGAUGAUUUGCAAUGGAUUAAGAGGGCUUGGAAAUUUGUACAACUGCAUCAAAGAGCUGCUUUAUUUGCCACACAACCAGCAAGUCCUCACUCAGUUGCCACACAAAAAAUGGGUAGAAGAGCUGCUGGAUGGAUCUCUCAAAUUGUUGGAUUUGUGUGACACUUUGAGGGAUAAGCUGGUUACCAUGAAAGAACAUAUUCAAGACCUUCAGUUGGCUCUCCGAAGAAGAGGUGAUGCUGCUAUUCAAAGCAAGGUGCAUGCUUACAUCCGCGCAGUGAAGAAGGCACAGAAGGAUAUGAACAAUUGCUUGAAAUCAUUGAAGCAAAUGGAUAACAGAUGUGUGUCUUCUUCAGUCCUCAACAAGGAUUCUGAUCUGUCAAUAAUGGUUCAGGUAUUGACAGAAGCAAAGCAGAUUACCAUGUCUCUCCUACAAACAGUCCUAUCUAAUUUGUUCAUGGCAAGGUCGAAACCAAAGUCUAGCAGAUGGUCUUCUGUUUCUAAGGCUUUGCACAAGAAGAAAGUGGCUUGUGAGGAGCAUGAGGAUAUAAAUGAAGCAGAAAGUUCAGAUUUCUCAUUCUCUACUUCCUAUGAGUGCAUUACCUGCAAAGAUGGUGUGAAGGUACAAAACGCACAAGAGCAGUUGGAGGGUUUGGAGUUCAACAUUGAAGGUUUUGAGAGUGGAUUGGAAUGCCUAUUCAGGCAACUAGUCCAAAAUAGAGUCUCUCUUCUCAACAUCCUUAGCCUUUAGGGAUCUCCGCCCUU